AUGCUGAGGCUUGAACUGAUAAAUGGUCCUGAUGAAGUAUUUAGGCCAGUUGAUAAGGACAGAGGCAAGAAUGCCAAGCAAUUUACAUGGGUUUUGCUUCUAAAGGCGCAUAAAGCUGUUGGUUGUGUUGCUUGGCUGGGAAAUAUUCUUUGGUCAUUGCUUGGUUCCAUUAAGAAAAGAUUGAUAUUGGGCAAAGGAGUGACUGUGGAGAAUGAGAAAUCUGGAAAAGGAAGAACCUUGUAUAGGGUCAUUAUGGGAUCUUAG